AUGUCUUCCUCUGAUUCAAGACGUGGAGUGCGUAAACGUACACAUGACAGAGCCUUUAGUAGUCGUUCAACUACUGUAGACUCGUUGCCUUCAUCCUGUAAUGGUCAAAAACCUCCUUCGAGUGUACAUUUCAAGUCUAAGUCCAUGUCUACAAGUUUGAAAAGAAUACAAAAGGAAUUAACGGACAUCAUGUCAGAUCCUCCGCCCAAUUGCAGUGCAUUUCCGCGAGGAGAUAAUCUCUAUGAAUGGGUAUCAACUUUAUUAGGUCCUCAAGGAUCUGUUUAUGAAGGUGGAAUAUUUUUCCUGGACAUUCACUUUUCUAUGGAGUAUCCGUUUAAGCCCCCAAAAGUAAUUUUUAAAACUCGUAUCUAUCACUGCAAUAUUAACAGUCAAGGUGUGAUUUGCCUAGAUAUACUCAAGAAUAAUUGGUCUCCUGCUCUUACUAUUAGUAAAGUUUUACUGUCCAUUUGCUCGUUACUUACUGAUUGCAAUCCUGCCGACCCGCUUGUUGGAUCUAUUGCUAGCCAAUACAUGCAUAACAGAUCAGAACAUGAUCGCAUUGCACGACUGUGGACACAAAAAUAUGCAAAUUCUGCUACUUAUCCCUCUACUGGGCAUUCACAUGGUAUGAAUGUGGAUUCCGAAUCUUCUAGGAGAGAAUCACGUAUGACACUAUCCCCCACCCCAAGAUCAUCAGAUUCCGGACAUUCAGGCUUCGCGUCAUCAAACAAAGACGAAAUUCUAACUGAAGUACCAUGUACAGAAAGCAGUAGUGCAAGUGCCUGUACAAGCAUUGGUGCUAGAAGUGAUGGAGGAGAAAGUGUAGAUGAAGUUCUCGAAGACGACACUCCCGUACCUUCUGCAGAAACAAAUAUUGCCCAUUCAUUCACUCCAGCUUAA